AGCUUUAACCGCGCUAAGCACAGGAUUAGACAAAAUUUCGAAGGGGAUCAAAGGGUACACCAAUCUCCCUUCUCACUUAUCUUAAUAACGGCCAUCGCCAUGGACGGCUGAGUAUAUCUUUUGCUAUCCUGUGCUAUGAGCACCGUGAAGUCACCAAUUCGGACGAUUUCGUUGUAUACAGGUGCAGGGGUUGCAGCUGAGAUCUUCAGCGACCCCUGGCCGUAUUAGUUCAGCAGAUUAUCCGCGCAGGAUAUUAGCAUGUGACAAUGGUUGAGCAUCACCCCGUUCAUAACAGCGAAGUCUAUCUAUUAGGAUUGACGCCGCGGCCUACUAUUCCUCCUCCAUCUCCGCCAUCCCCUCAAACACCAAGGGAAGCCGAGCCAACCAGUGCUAUCGAGGAACUAUGCUUGGACGAUGUCGAAGACUAUGAGGAGGAACCAUUGGAAACAGAUUCGCUUACUAAGCAAAGGAUAUCGGGUGCCAUCCAUGUCCUGAACACCGAAGCUACAGCUCUUCGGAAUCUCACUCGUUUAUACAAGUCUGACGCGGUAGCUGCGCAAGGCUUCAAUGCUGCGGUAGAAGCUAUCACCAGAUAUAAAUGCGAAAGAGGGAAAUUGGUCAUUAUCGGAGUUGGCAAGUCGGGUCAUAUUGGGAAGAAGCUGGUCGCAACUUUCAAUAGUCUCGGAGUUCAGAGCACUUUUCUUCAUCCCACCGAGGCCCUACAUGGCGAUCUCGGAAAGAUCGGGAAGCAUGAUACCGUCCUCUUUAUUACGUUUUCUGGGAAGACAUCAGAGCUUCUCACUCUAUUACCACAUCUAGAUGUUACGUUACCAGUUAUCGCACUCACCUCACACACGCGACCGGAGGAUUGCGAACUCAUCCGCCAGCGGCCGGACACGAUACUGCUCCCAGCGCCAAUACAUGAGCCUGAGACCGUAUCUUUCGGCGUAUCCGCGCCUACGACAUCUACAACUGUAGCACUGGCGUUAGGAGAUGCUCUCGCGGUUGUGGCAUCUCAGGAGUUACAUUCUACUGUAACUUCAGUUUUUGCAAAGAAUCAUCCCGGUGGAGCUAUCGGUCAAGCAUUCAGCAAGCCCCGCCAACUCCGAGACCUCGCCAUUUCGCUCUCCUCCAUCCCCGCAUGGCCCGAUACCAGCGAUGAAGCUUGUGGCGUGGAUAUGCUUAAACUGGGUUACGACUCACAGUCAGGAUGGGUUCGUGUCGGCGAUGCGAUCGCUUCCCCUGGUCGUAUUAAGCGGUUAAACACAGCUCAUAUGACAUGGCCCGUAACCACUAUUCCCGACUUCCUAGUUGAAAGGGGCGAAUGGAUUAGCAUUCGCUCCGAUACGAGGAUAUCACAAGCCGUUGAAUGGUUCAGGGAGCUCCUAACGUCACCGAGCUAUGGUGAAUCAGCGUGCAGCGAGGAUUCGAUCUUAGCGGUAGUGGAAAAUGGCGAAGUUAUUGGUGUUUUAGAAGCCGGUCAAUUAUCGGACUGGCAGGAGUAAAAUGAGGAAGUUCAUAUGUCAAAUAUUUAUGUGCGAAUGCUGGAUAUAUGCGCUCAACAUACUAUGGGGGAUGAUAUUUCAGAUGGUAUCGGAUGGAAAUCAUUCUCCUACAUACUUUCAACGCUACUUUCAGAAUAAGGGCGUUUUACGACACGAUUAAUGGACUUUCGCUUUUGGUCCUUGGGUACGAAUUACCAAGAACCUACAUUCACCACUCUAUUU